AUGUUCACAGAAUCAGAACUUGGACAGCCCGUAAUUCAGCAUUUUAAACAAGAUGGCACAAAACUGAACGUGACAGUGGAAGACUCACAAACGUUGGUCAGAAAGGGCAAGAGCGGCGCAUUCCUCACCCUGCGGGGAGUUUUUGGCAACGACUUGAGUUAUAUACUUACUUAUCAAAAUGACUCAAGUACAGGAAAUAAAACAGCCAAGAUAAACACUAAUGAAUUCUUGAUAGAUGUGGACAAAGGAGCAUGCUACUGCUUUACUGUACAAGCUCAGAUUCUCUCCAGGAAAAGAAACCAAAUGAGCCCAAAAAGCACCCAGGAAUGCACAGACCAAUGGACCAGUAGACUGGGAGAAAUACUCAUCCUUGUGGGAGCAGGGGUGUACAUGGUCAUGAUCUUUAUCAUCCUCCUGUCCAUAUUUUUGUGCCAGCGUAAAAAGCGCAGAGCAGCGCAGAAAAGGUAGAACGUCCCACUGCACUUGGAAUAGAGGAAGGAGC